AAAAGAUUGCGAAUUAAAUUUUUGGCAACAGCAAUAGUUAAGGGCUGCUCUUAGUGAAAAUUGCGAAUUUGUUCUACGUUUUAAGUGUAAAGUGUGUGCAAUUAGCCAAUCGCUGUGUGCAUUGCAAACUCAAACAUCGUGUGUCGAUCGAAAUAUCAGCAGCAGAACUCAAACCAAUCGUCGCCGUCGCCGGACCCACACUCGUGCAUAUUUCGCAGUCGUCGUCGUCGACACGCUAUUUUAGGAAUUAGGCAUAUAAACAAUAUCGAGGCAUGUCCCGCUCUGAGUCAGCCUCCUGCACCAGCACCAGGACCACUAGUUCCGAGCCACCACUUUGUAAGCGACUUAAAUUGGAUGAUGCCGGCGAAGAUGGGUUGCCAGAAGCAUCAUCGAGCAGCGGCAGCGGCAGUGGCAGCAGUCAGCAGCAGCGACGCAAGCUCGCUGCUUGCAGCAGUAGCGGCAGCAACAACAACUACGAAAAUCACGACAAAGCAAACGACGUUGACAUGUUGACAGAGACAGCUAUAGCUACAGCUGCCAGCGAAACAGACGUGUGCGUAUCGUCGUCUACUUCUGACACGGGCGCAGCGAAUACGUCAAAGCAUUCUGCUGCCGGUGGCGGGGACGUUAGUACUUCGUCAGCAUUGAAUAAGGAAAGUAGUAACAAUUGUGCGUUGUCCUCGUCCGCGGCGGAAACAAAUUUACUGGAUACGGCAACAAUUGCGCGCACUGUCAGCUCAACAAACUCAGUUAGCUCCACCAAUAGCAAUUCUCACAACACCAAUACUACGACUACCACUGCCUCCGCCACCACCAACAACAACAAUAACAGUAAUAACAGUGCAGUUAUGGCUGCCAGCAACAGCAAUAGUGGUGGAGACAUCGAUGAGUCGCUCUAUUCGCGCCAACUCUAUGUGCUUGGACACGAUGCAAUGCGUCGCAUGGCCGAUUCGGACAUUUUGUUGUCCGGAUUGGGCGGCCUAGGUCUGGAGAUAGCAAAAAAUGUCAUUUUGGGUGGUGUUAAAUCGAUUACCCUCCAUGACACAGCACCUUGUACGCUCAACGACUUGGCUUCGCAGUUCUAUCUAACCACGUCGGACAUUGGCAAGAAUCGUGCCGAAGCGUCCUGUGCCCAACUGGCCGAGCUAAACAGCUAUGUGCGCACCCACUCAUAUACCGGUCCGCUCACGGAAGAGUUUCUCAGGCGUUUCCGUGUCAUCGUCCUGACCAACUCGGAUGCCAUUGAACAGCAGCGUAUUGGCGAGUUCGCCCAUGCGAAUAACAUUGCUCUCAUCAUCGCAGAGACGCGUGGACUGUUCGCCAAGGUCUUCUGUGACUUUGGAGAGAAAUUCACCAUCUAUGAUCAGGAUGGCGCGCAGCCGGUAUCAACAAUGAUAGCCAGCAUCACACACGAUGCGCAGGGUGUAGUCACCUGUCUGGAUGAGACUCGCCAUGGCUUCAAUGAUGGCGACUACGUCACCUUCUCGGAGGUGCAGGGCAUGCAUCAGUUGAAUGGCUGCCAGCCUAUCAGGAUCAAUGUGCUGGGACCUUACACCUUCAGCAUCGGGGACACCAGCAGCUUUGAUGAGUAUAAGUCAGGCGGCGUGGCCACACAGGUGAAGAUGCCCAAGACAAUUAGCUUCAAGUCCUUGGCACAGGCUGAGCAGGAGCCGGAGUUCUUGAUCUCUGACUUUGGCAAGCUGGAUGCACCCGCCACUCUGCAUGUGGCUUUCAAGGCUCUAACUUGCUAUUUGAAUGGAAAUCGUGGCUUGCCACGCCCCUGGAACGAGGAGGAUGCGCAAAAGUUUCUGCAGCUCUGCAAGGAGUUGAAGAGCGACGUAGAUGAGCAGCUGGUGCUGCAAUUCGCCAAGAUCUGCGCGGGCAAUACUUGCCCCUUGGAUGCCGCAAUAGGUGGCAUUGUCGCCCAGGAGGUGCUCAAGGCUUGCAGCGGCAAAUUCACACCUAUCUAUCAGUGGUUCUACUAUGAUGCGCUCGAGUGUCUGCCGGCCGAGGGCGUCACCGAGGCCGACGCGCAGCCAUUGGGCACGCGUUACGAUGCACAGAUUGCCAUAUUCGGAAAGAAGUUCCAGGACAAGCUGGCCGACUCGAAAUGGUUCAUUGUUGGCGCUGGCGCCAUUGGUUGCGAGCUGCUGAAGAACUUCGGCAUGCUUGGCCUGGGCGUGGGCAAUGGCCAGAUCUUCGUUACCGACAUGGAUCUCAUUGAGAAAUCGAAUCUGAAUCGCCAGUUUCUGUUCCGUCCGCACGAUGUGCAGAAGCCCAAGGCACUAACAGCUGCCGAUGCCAUUAAACGCAUGAAUCCCGAUGUUAAGGUCACGGCGUACGAGUUGCGUGUGGGCGCUGAAACCGAGAAGGUCUUCUCCGAGGACUUCUUUGGCAAGCUCGAUGGAGUGGCCAAUGCGCUGGACAAUGUCGAUGCACGCAUUUAUAUGGACCGCAAGUGCAUCUUCAAUCGCAUACCGCUGGUCGAGACGGGCACCUUGGGCACCAUGGGCAACGUGCAGGUGAUUGUGCCAUUUGCCACCGAGUCGUACAGCUCCUCACAGGAUCCCCCAGAGAAGAGCAUACCCAUUUGCACGCUGAAGAACUUUCCCAACGCCAUUGAGCACACGCUGCAAUGGGCACGCGACUCCUUUGAGGGUGUCUUCAAGCAGAGCGCAGAGAAUGCUGCACAGUACAUCUCCGAUCCUCAGUUCACUGAGCGCAUUCUGAAGCUGCCUGGCAUUCAGCCACUGGAGAUUCUGGAGUCAAUUAAGAAAGCCUUGAUUGAUGACAAGCCAAAGAGCUUUGCACACUGCGUGGAAUGGGCUCGCUUCCACUGGGAAGAUCAAUAUGCCAAUCAAAUCAAACAGCUGCUCUUCAAUUUCCCACCCGAUCAGGUCACCUCAAGUGGCCAACCUUUCUGGUCUGGACCUAAGCGCUGUCCCGAACCUCUUGUUUUCGAUGUAAAUGAACCGAUGCACUUGGAUUACAUUUAUGCGGCGGCCAAUUUGCGAGCCGAAGUCUAUGGUAUACCCCAAGUGCGUGAUCGCCAGAAGAUAGCAGAGCUGGUGCAGCAGGUUAAGGUGCCCGAAUUUAAGCCUCGCUCUGGUGUUAAGAUUGAGACAAAUGAGGCGGCUGCCGCUGCAGCUGCCAACAAUUUCGAUGACGGCGAAGUGGAUCAGGACCGCGUGGAUAAGAUCAUAUCGGAGUUGGUCAAGAACGCAGACAAGUCCUCGAAAAUAACUCCGCUGGAGUUCGAGAAGGACGACGAUAGCAAUUUGCACAUGGACUUCAUUGUGGCCUGCUCCAAUUUGCGUGCAACCAACUAUAAGAUCCCACCGGCCGAUCGCCACAAGUCGAAGCUGAUUGCUGGCAAGAUUAUUCCGGCCAUAGCCACAACUACCUCUGUGCUAUCCGGCCUGGCUGUGUUGGAGGUGAUUAAGCUAAUAGCCGGCCAUCGUGAUUUGCCCAAGUUUAAGAAUGCAUUCGCCAACUUGGCUUUGCCAUUCCUGGCCUUCUCCGAGCCGCUGCCGGCGGCCAAGAAUAAGUACUACGAUAAGGAGUGGACACUGUGGGAUCGCUUCGAGGUCACUGGGGAGAUGUCGCUGCAGGAAUUCCUCAACUACUUUGAAGAAAAUGAGAAACUGAAGAUCACCAUGCUGUCACAGGGCGUCUCAAUGCUCUAUUCAUUCUUUAUGCCCAAGGCCAAGUGCGCUGAGCGCCUGCCCCUGCCCAUGUCCGAAGUGGUGCGUCGCGUGUCUAAGCGGCGCAUCGAACCCUAUGAGCGUUCCUUGGUAUUCGAGAUAUGCUGCAACGAUGUCGACGGCGAGGAUGUGGAGGUGCCCUACGUGCGUUACACGCUGCCCUAAGCCACGCUACGACCACAACCUACCCUAAUCUUAAUUGUAACAGUUAAAUUAUUAUUUAAACAAAACAAGAGACACUUUUUUUUUGAGUUGUGCGCCUUACAAAUUUUUACGGUAUGUAGCAGGUUUGCAUUUUAAAAAAAGAUAAACCAGAACCAGACACACA